CGGUUACGUGUGAUUUAAUAUGAGAUUUCUAUUGGCAAGUGCGAUAAUGUUACAUCUUAUGGUCGCUGGAACAGGCUUUCUCAGGCGUUACUUGGGUUACCUUCCGCAUGGUACCAUCAACAUAAAAAAAAAUGCAUGCGACAGCUGUUUUGCUAUCAUCAACAUAGAUCGUUUUUUGGCCAUUAUAGAUGUUCUAAUUCUAGGUCUAGGUAGUUCGUUUGUUCUGUGUUGCAGACCGUGAUCUUUGUUACUUGACCAACACCCAAGCCCAGUCCAAGCACCAGCUUAACUACAGAAACAGUUGUCACCAUAAAUCACCGCCUUGGCGCUCGAACGGCCUUCCCAUGUGUCGAUAUGAACUGCUUGGCAGUGCAAUCAUCAUUCUCACUGAGAUGAAACUUUGUCUUGGAGGUUCGGACGCACAAGCAGUUGACAGUCGGUACGAAAAAUAAAUACAUGGAUUUUUAUUUUAUUUCACAGCUCAAUUUCUUGCCGCUUGAAUCGCGGGUUCACUUCCCCACACCUCUAGAUCAAAGCGGCAUCUCCGCGUCGCGCAACCCGCACUGACAUCAGCAUCGCGUCGCGCGUCUAACCCGGAAACAGUAGCGGCAGCGGCAGCAGCAGCAGCACCGGCAACGGCGAGAGCCGCAAACUCACCCCGCGACAAUGCUCCAUGAAGUCCUCCUCUCCCUCGCCGGCCAUCCGUCUCCACUCCUGCGGUCCGAUCCCUCAGCCGCCAAUGCGGAUAAGCACCCCGCCGCAGGCGAUGCGACGACCGCCUCCGCCGUCUUCACUCCGCCAGAGCGGGAGCUCCUAGCGUCCGUGUCGCACCUCAGCGGCCUGCACAUCAAGUUGCGGAGCCACACGGCUCAGAUUGCCGUCUCGCACCCGUCGACCAUAUGCCGCGCGGUUGCUGCCUCGAUCAGCUCCGUCCAUCUCGCCGCGUUCCAGCGCAAGGUCCUCGAGGUCGAGGAUUCAGUGCUGCGACGAGAUGCCUCGCUCGUCGGUGCUUACAACAUCGUGCCGUUGACGGCCGUGGUUGGUGAAUUCUCGGACUGGACGAGACGCAUGGAGUGGUUAUGGGAGAUUGUCAAGUUUAUGCUCUCAGGGAGCACGGAAAUAAAGGCUGGAAAGCAGCGUGGCACGGCGGAAGGGGCCACGGCGUCUCUCACGGCAUCUCCGUGUACUGGUGCCAGCAUCAUCGACAAGUUGCGCGGUGAGCUGCAGACUGGAUACCUGGACAUCGAGACCACCGCUGCGAGCUUGGUAGCGGUUGCCGAGACCGCGUGGCUGAAGCAGGUUUCCGCCUGGAUCCUGUACGGUCGUCUGCCAACCUUUGGCAGUGGGGAUUUCUUCGUGCAGAGGGCCUCGGAGGACAGUGACGAGGACUUCGUUUGCGAACACACCCUGCUCCCAUCAGUUGUCACGCCGUCAACAGCAUCAUCGAUGCUCUUUAUUGGCCUAUCGUUGAAUCAGAUUCGGGCAAAAAGGAUGGACACCUCUGGGUUAAGCUUGCACGACACUCAUCAACUGUCGUCGCAGCUUUCCGAACUUUCCAAACUCCAAUUCCCUCUAGACAGUGCUGCACUUUCACGGACCAUCACCGGCAUAAGACUGUUUCUGUCGAAGAAUAUUCUUCUAAAAUUUUUGCCACUGGUCAAGGUUCUUGAAAUCCUACAACUUCUAAGGGACUUUUUCUUGCUCGCCCGAGGCGAGUUCGCCAUGGCCUUGUCACAACAAGCGGACGAGAAGUUGCGCAGCCGCUGGCGCAAAACAUACAACCUCAACCAUGCAUAUGGAAAGCAGGAUGGUCUAGGAAACGCUAUGCUCAAAGAGGGCGAAGUUAUGCAGAUACUUUCGCGCACGUGGGCAGCUCUGGGUUCCUUGCAGGGUCAACACGCCGAAGAGGACGAGGGGCUUGAGUUAGCAAGAGAUAUCAUGCGCCUCACGCUUGCGAAAACGAGGCCGUCGACACCAGCUACAUCCCAUGCCACACCGGCAGCGGCUGAAUAUCCAUACGGGAUAGCCAGUACACCUUUUCGCAACCUCCUUCUCUCGGUGCCAGCCGUUCUCACAUUACACAUCCCUUCCCCUCUCGACCUCUUCCUAAGUCAAUCAGAUCUCCAGACUUAUACUUUGAUCAACUCUUAUCUUCUGUCAAUACGGCGAGCACAUCUAAGGCUCACUGAUUUGUGGAAGAUCUCGGCCCUCAGGAGACAUUGGCCACCGCCCCCGCGGCCGCCCCGGGGUAUCAGAGGCGCUGGUCGCGCGAGGACGCAGCUACUCCGGACUCGGCAGAACGAGCGGUCACAUGCGUUGCGCAGCGCAUGGGCCAACAUCAGCGCCGCCAUAUUUUUCUUGGCGGAAACAGAAGCAUAUCUGCAGACCGAGGUAGUGGCAGGGCUGUGGGAGGGUUUCCAGAACUGGCUCCUCACUGGCAGUGAUGGAGUGCAUCAGGACGACCGCAAGGUUGGCAGGCACAACCGGCAACCUUCGCUCAACAGCUCGGCCCAAGAUGAAAUGGAUGUAGAUGCCGAGGAGCAGCAGGAAGAUGAUAUCUGGCUCGCCUCUGCAUCAGACGAAAAUAACGUGACGGCAGGUGACCUACCGCAGCGCCAACCCCACGACCCGCAGACUCUGGCCACCGCACAUAGACUUUACCUGCGAAUCCUGGCCAGGCGCAUUCUCCUGGUAAACCAGUCCUUCACAGACGUGCUGUACGAGCUCCUCGUCAACGUCGACCACCUCGUUGCGCUGGUCCACCGCCUGGACGGCGUAUGGACGUCCGUGGACCUCGAGGUGGACUCUGGCGUCAUCGACGCCUUUGUCGACCUCGAGCACGAAGAGGCAGACAUCCGCAACGAGAUCGUCGCCGUUGAGCGGCGAGUCAGGGCCGGCGUCGAGGCAUGCAUCAAGGAGUUGAGGGACGUAGAGGCGCGCCACGAUGGUGACGGCGACGUCGAUGACGUGGCGCUCCUGGAGCUGGGUGAGUACGUCCCGCGCCGGGUCGGCGGAGUGGAUAGGUUGUUGAUGAAGCUUGAUUUCGGCACAUGGUUCCGGUCGGGACGUCAAGACAAUCAAGCUUCCGAUGAGGAUGAAGAGAUGGAACAAUAGGGUUUAUUUCUUCGUUAUUGAAGCUAUGGAAUCUUCAUAGGUUGAGAGCUUCUGAUGUCAAGGCAUAUAAUAUUACAGGGAUUGGGUCUGGACAAUGUUCAGUGGGAAUCAAACGCCUAUAUUAUGCUAUUCGCUAGGAUAUGUCGUUACGAGAUAAUGAGAGGGAUAGGAAAAAAAAAUACCACUUAUGCCAGUAA